AUGGUCUCCUGGAUCAUCUCUCGCCUCGUGGUGCUGAUCUUCGGCACCCUCUACCCCGCGUACUCCUCCUACAAGGCCGUGAAGACCAAAAACGUGAAGGAAUAUGUGAAGUGGAUGAUGUACUGGAUUGUGUUUGCCUUUUUCACCACUGCAGAAACACUCACAGACAUUGUUCUUUCUUGGUUUCCCUUUUAUUUCGAGCUGAAAAUUGCAUUUGUGAUUUGGCUGCUCUCCCCUUACACCAAGGGCUCCAGUGUGCUCUACAGGAAGUUUGUGCACCCAACGCUCUCCAAUAAGGAGAAGGAAAUUGAUGAAUACAUUACUCAGGCUCGUGACAAGAGCUAUGAAACCAUGAUGCGAGUUGGCAAGAGAGGGUUAAACCUUGCUGCCAAUGCAGCAGUUACUGCAGCUGCAAAGGGCCAGGGAGUUUUGUCUGAGAAGUUGCGAAGUUUCAGCAUGCAGGAUCUCACUCUGAUCCGAGAUGAAGACACUGUGCAUAUGCGAAGCCAUGAGCCACAGCGGCACCCCUCUAGUGGCAGUCUUCUUGAAACCAUUGAGGAUUCAGGAGAGGAGAGCAGUGUGGCACAGAGGUCUAAUGGAACCCCAUUGGAGACUAGAACAGACCCAUCAGAUGAAGAUGCAGGAGAUAAACUUCCUAAACGUACCCAGAGUCUCAAAAUGCCUAAGAAGAUGAUGAAAGCUGAGCUUCCAGUAAGAAGUGUGAAAGCCCGCCCUAAGAAGAAAGCUGCAGGCUCUGUUGCUUCUGGCGAGUCAUCCUAAGGAGACCUCCCCCUCCCCAGCACCUGUCUCUGUCCCGGGAUUUGCCUGUCACUUUUGAGGAGAAACUCCCCAAAGGAAG